CUCAUCGUUGCAGCAGGAGUUAGCAAGUUAUCCUCUUCCAUGGUGAACGUGAAGUGAUUGCAUAUAUAUAUAUCUGCUUUUCAAUCGAUACUAAUAUUUGAUAAUAGCUGAAGCAAAUCAAUGGGAGAAAUGCUGGCAGCUUGUCAAUUCUCUUCUUCACUGUUUGUGGUGCCACAACAACUUCGCAAUCAUGGUUCAACAUCUGUCUCAAGGGUAAUCUGUCGCAAGUUUGAUGGGUUUCUAAGUAAACCUUCUUCAAUGAUUAAUGUCUCUCGACAUAAGCACAGUAGUAUUUCUCUUUUCUGGUCGGAAUGUUUCCAGGAUGAGCGACCGGCCAACAGUGGCGGCGACGGAGGACGAGAUAGAUCUGUCCAAGUUUUCAGCACUGAUAAUCCAGUGGCAUCUACUGAAAUAGCAGCAAAAAACUUUGGUAGGUUAAAAGCUCAAAAAGUUAGGAUUCUUGUUGAAAAAUUUGCUAAACUAAAGCAAGAAGUAAAUCAGCGUGAUUCCCCAACUCCAGAGGAUAUAUCUGGGUCUGGCAGUGUACAUAGUAGUUCAUUUUCCAAUCAUGAAGAUGGUUCUAAAAGAGUUGCCCAUGAGUCCCAGUUAAAGAAAAUCAGAACAAGAAAACAUCAAUCAAGGACAAAGGAAGUUGACAUUAAUUCAACGUCAGCUGCUGCACCUAAUAGUAAAGAUCCACUGAAGAAUAAAACGGUGCAAACUUCUACUGAGCGUGAUCGAGGAAGGACAUUUCCUGAAGGCUCAGCUAAUUCUAAAAGGUGGGGUGCUGGAGAGUCUACUUCCAUAUCCAAGUCAAAACAACGGCAACAAUCAUCUGCAGAUGAUUCCUUUUUCAGUAGGAAGUCGUUUAAAGAACUGGGCUGCGAAAAUGAUAUGAUAGAAUCCUUAAUGACCCAACGAAUCGAUCGUCCUUCAUGCAUCCAGGCCUUGGCAUUUGCAUCUGUCAUCGAGGGUAGGAGCUGUAUAAUAACUGAUCAAAGUGGUUCUGGAAAGACUUUGGCAUAUCUUGUUCCAAUUAUACAACGUCUAAGGCAGGAAGAGGUUAAUGGACUUUCCAAGUCCUUCCCCCAAAAUCCUCGUGUAGUGAUUCUUGUGCCAACAGCUGAAUUAGCUCGUCAGGUCUUAGUAAACUGCAGGUUGAUCUCAAAAUCGGGGGUUCAAUUCCGGUCUAUGGUGGCCACAGGUGGUUUUGGGCAAAGAACUCAAUUAGAAGCCCUUCAACAGACCUGUGAUGUUUUAAUAGCUACCCCAGGGCGUUUUUUGUUUCUAGUCCGAGAAGGCUUAUUGCAAUUAACUAACCUUAAAAGUGUAGUCCUGGAUGAGGUUGAUAUUCUUUUGCGUGAUGAGGAAUAUGAGACAGCACUAAAAAGUUUAAUUGAAUCUUCAUCCUUUGCCACUCAAUAUCUGUUUGUGACUGCAACUCUACCAUCUGAGACAUAUAACAAAUUAGUAGAAAUGUUUCCUGAUUGCCAGAUGAUCAUGGGGCCUGGUAUGCAUCGUACAAACCCAGCCCUUGAGGAGAUUAUUGUAGAUUGCAGUGGAGACGAUGGGGCAGAAAAGACACCUGAAACAGCAUUUACUAACAAGAAGAACGCACUUUUGCAGCUGCUGGAGGAAAACCCAGUGGCCAAAACAAUUGUCUUUUGUAACAAGAUAGAAACUUGCAGAAAAGUUGAAAAUGUGUUGAAAAGAGGUGAUAGGAAAGGAGUCCGCAUGACAGUUUUGCCAUUUCAUGCCGCAUUGGCACAAGAAGUGCAACUUGCAAAUAUACAAGAGUUCUGCAAUGAUCAUCAACCACAGGAUAGCUCAGCGAUUUUGGUUUGCACAGACAGAGCCUCAAGGGGUAUUGACUUUUGUGGAGUGAGUCGUGUUGUGCUGUUUGACUACCCGCGUGAUCCAAGUGAAUACAUUAGGCGAGUUGGAAGAACUGCCAGAGGUGUGGGAGGAAAGGGCAAGGCAUUUGUGUUUGUAGUGGGGAAGCAAGUUUCUCUUGCACAGAGGAUCAUUGAAAGAAAUAGAAAGGGCCAUCCUUUGCACGAUGUACCUUUUACUACAUAUGUUUGAACAAAGAGGAAAUUGUUUGAACAUGGAUGGAUGGAUGCUAUUUAAUAAUGUGCUAGAUAUUAUUUAUAACUUAGAUGAUGUCACGUCAUGCUGUGUUUGGAUAAUUUUAAACACAUAAUUUUGUUUUAUUAAGGUGUUUAUAUGUUUGAUUUU